GGCUCGUCACCAUGGCUGCCAAUCCGUGUCGGCUCUUAAUUUUGGUUUUGGCCUUCACAGGGCCGAUGAAUAGAAUUCAAAGUGCCAAUAUACUGGGCCUCUUUACGAGCCUAAGUCCCUCGCAUUUGAUUAUACAAAUGUCCACGGCCAAGAUCCUGGCCGAAAGGGGACACAAUGUGACUGUGGUUACGGUCCUUAAGCCGUUGGUCACCCACAAGGACAUUAAUCUAAUCCAGGUGCCACUUAGUUCGGAGGAUGCCCAGCGGCACAGUGAAAUAAUUGGAUCAAUGUCCAAGAACGACAACAGCAAUAUUAUAAUAUCCUUGUUUGGGAUGUUGAAACGCACGGGCUUCAUGUUCAGGAAAAUGGUGAACGCUCUAAAGGAUCCACGUGUCCGCGAUUUGUACCUCAACAAUGGCAAUAAGUUCGACCUUGUCAUAGCCGGCUAUUUCAUGAAUGAAUACCAACUGGGAUUCGCCAGAAAAGUGAAAGCUCCCAUUGUGCUUGUGGCUCUGAUGCCCCCAAAUCAGAUGAUAGGUCCGCUGAUUGGCAAUCCCCUGGAAGGAUCGUUUUUAUCUGCCGACAAGGACGCAGGAGAAAAGGGUCAAGCCUCAUCCUUCCGCCAACGACUGACAAACUUCUUCUACGGCCAAUUUUUCAAGCUUUUUAAUUACCUUUCUGAAAGGCGGAAUAUAGACUUUUACAACGAACUUUUUGCCGAUGAUCCUUUGAUUCCUCCGUUCCAGGACAUGGUCAAGAAUGUUUCACUGAUUUUCUUUGCUUCCCAUGGACCGAGUGAAGGACCUAUCAAGCCUCUCGUCCCGGCGGCCAUUGAAAUUGGUGGCAUACACAUCAAGGAUAAGCCAGAUCCGCUUCCAAAGGACUUGGCCAGUUUUCUGGGCAACGCCACAGAUGGAGCCAUUCUCUUGAGUCUCGGUUCUAAUGUUAAGAGCAGCCAUGUCAAGCCGGAGACGGUCAAGAAAAUGUUCAAUGUCCUGUCCAAGCUGAAGCAGCGGGUCAUCUGGAAGUGGGAGGACCUGGACAAGACCCCUGGCAAGUCGGAAAACAUUCUUUACUCCAAGUGGCUGCCACAGGACGAUGUCCUGGCUCAUCCAAACACCAAACUGUUUAUAAAUCACGCCGGCAAGGGUGGCAUUACCGAGGCGGCUUAUCACGGGAAACCAAUGCUGGCACUUCCGAUUUUUGGAGACCAGCCGGGUAAUGCGAUCGCCAUGGUCCAAAAGGGUUUCGGUCUAACCCAGAGUCUCCUCACCCUGGAAGAGCAACCCUUCCUCGAGGCUAUCCAGGAUAUAUUGACAAAUCCCCAGUACACUGAAAAAGUGUCCUCUUACUCCUCCCUCUAUCGUGAUCGGCCAAUAACUGCUCGGGAAUCUCUGAUUUACUGGACGGAGUAUGUCAUCCGUCAUCAUGGAGCUGCCCACCUGCAGAGCCCUUUGGUGCACAUGAACUCCAUAGCCGCCAAUAAUUUGGACGUGUAUGCCUUGAUUUUUGUAAUUUUAGGUGCCAUUGUACUUUUAAUAAGAUUAGGUUUCAAAUUUGUUAUCAAAAGUAUAGCCUCGAAACCAAAAACAAUUAAAAAGCAUAAGAAGCAGUAGGACUUUACGAAUUUUUAGAAAUAAGUAGAGAA